GUGUGACGUGAAAAUGGUGCGUGAUUUCUAGAAGGCUGAUUGGGUUUUGGUGGAAGAUCGGCCCCACACGUGCCAAUAUGGUGGAUGUUACAAAAAUAAAGAUAGAGAUCAGCAUCGAUAAUGCAAUGGAAGCUACAGUGGGCCACGCAGAGUUUGAUCAGAAAGAAUAUGAACGAUGUGGAUCUGAUUUGAUAUCCGAUAUCAUCCGAAAACCCCACAUUCCAAAACCUCGGCCGCUAAAAAUGGUUGGACCAGACCACAAAUCUACAAUACAGAGGACCCACAUAAAAGAUCCGACGGGUUCACAGCCCAAGGGACCCACAACAUCUGCUCAAUACAUUACAACAGUCGAUUUCAGCAAACUGGAAAUGAGUUCGCUUCGGAGAUAUUGCCGAUUCUACAAACUUGUCGGGCAUGACCUCAAAAUCACACCCAAAGAACAGCUGGUUGAUGUUGUUCAGAGGCAUUUCGCGCCCCAGCGAUUGGAUGAAAUGCAGGUCAUUGUCGAACUUGUGCAGGCUUUUAAGAGACCGAAGAACACAGAUGAAUGAUCCACAAGAUUGCACAUGCAUUUGAUUAUAACUAAUCAAGACAUGUUUCUUUCGCAGUUCGUAGUUAUUUUCUCUAACAAAUUGAGUUCUUGGUUUUUUAUUUCUCCCCUUUCAACAUAAUUGUUAUUUGAGUUUUCCCAGUUAGAGGUUUUUAAAAGUGUGUUUGGAUGCAAUAUCGAAUUAAAUUGCCAUCUAUUAGUCUAAUAAACUAUGUAAAAUCAAAUUACAAUUCCUCAUCGCAUGCCUAAUGAGGGGUUCAGAAUUGCAAUUGCAUUACUUUUAAGUUGGAUUUGAAAGAAGCCUGAUUGAAAUUUGAGGGCUAAUUCCUCAUUUUAAGAAGUCGAUCGAUCACAACUCAGUUCAUUAUUGUAAUCAAGCGUGGUCCCAUGUUAGCGAAGUGAAGCAGUGAAGAACAACAGUUAAGUGGAUUGUGUUUGGAUUAAGAGAAUACUCUGGAACAUGUCUCGUUUUACACUUUGCUUAAGAAAAGUAAUUGUGGAAUUCCAUUUCUAUUUCUAAGAUUUUACUUAGGGCUUGUUUAGAUAAAUUUAGAAAGAAGGAAAAAAAAAAACAUUACAUUACAUUUAAGGAAAAUCAUAGA